AUGGAUGCUAUGCUAGAAGGUGGGUGUGUACGAAGAGCAGCCGACAAGACAGGACAGGAGAUGCGGAGUUUCGUGCUUGCAGCGUGUAUCCUCCUCGCGCUGAAGUCAGUGGCAGCCAACGACGAUGAGGGGCAAGAAUUCGAGGUUGUAACUUGUGGAUCGGCGAUCAACCUGGUGCAUGUACAGUCAAGGUACCGGCUGCACUCGCAUGAAGUAGCGUACGGAUCCGGAUCUCGUCAACAAUCUGUGACGGCCGUCAGCUUCUUAGCGGACCCCAACAGUCUGUGGGUUGUCCGCGGUGAACAUGGAAAGCAAUGCCCCCAGGGCACUCAGAUCAAGAACGGCGACACAAUCCGCCUGACUCAUCUGAACACCAAACGAAACCUCCACAGCCAUUUCUUUGAGUCGCCGCUCUCAAAGCAGCAGGAAGUGAGCGGGUUCGGAGACAAGUCGUCAGGCGACUCAGGCGAUGAGUGGGUGGUCGAGAUGAAAGAUGAGGAUUAUUGGAAGAGAGGAAAGCGCUUCCGCCUCAAGCACAAGGCGACCGGGGCUUAUCUUCACUCGCACUCGAAUGUAGGCUGA